AUGGCCUUUGGCUCGAGACGGCAACACCGUAAUGGAUCGCUCCCGUCAACGUCUGCGCCUGCCCCUCCCCACCACACAAGCAGAGCACCGGCGCCAGCACCGCCCCGUUUACUGCUCGGCGGCAAUGACCUCUUUGCAUCCUCUGGCAGUCAGCAGGUGCAGACCGAGUCCAGCUCCGACGACGAAGUCGACAUACCAAGGUUCAUGAAGCCUCCUGGAAGAUCGCCGGGAAAGCCGCCAACGCAUCCGAGCCAUUCUCGAUCCAUGAGCCAUCCCUUUCCCACUCUGUUCGCCUCCAAGAAGUCGCGAAAGCAGCCCAGUCCAGACGAAACGACCGAUGACGACGCAGCUAGACAUGGUCACUCAACCCUUCUACCCAGUAUGUCUUCCAAGAAGCCCCAUCGUGGGCCUGCCGAUUUCACCAACGGAAACUGCAUGACUUGCAGCGGCAAGGUUCGGUGGCCAAAGGACUUGAACGUCUUUCGCUGCACCAUUUGCGCCACCAUCAACGACUUGACGCCGUAUUCCCCAAAGCCAGAAGAUGGCCGCCCGCUGCCAGAAAGUGUUCGACCUCUGUCUCUGGAGCACACUAGGAAACUUGUGCGCCAAUGCAUAGUUCAAGCUCUGAAGUCUGCUUCGGAUGCGAGUGCUGCUGCUCAGAGAUUAUCACCAGGAAUGCGGCCGGGCACACAGUCGUCACGGCCGUUGGAGGGGCAGUUUUCGAAGAUGAACAUUUCGGGGCAACGCGGUAGAUCGGGCUCUUAUGGUGGCAGUCCCCCGCCGAAAGCCUAUAAACCAGUUUUCGACGAAUUCACGGAUGACCAUCAUGAGCCGAAUUCCAUGCUUCGCCCAAACCCAGCAGCUAGAUCGUAUUCGGCAUCCCAUUCAGACGCGCGCAAUCCAAACCUUGCAGCAGAUGGUCGAGCGCAUACACAGGGUCAUAGAUUUCCUGACCCAAAAAGAAUAUUCAAGCCAGUGGAGGAUUACCUGAUUGUGAGCUUCGGGUCGCAUACGGCCAUCAAUACAUCCUUUGUUCCCAUGCGUCGAAGCUUCAGCUCGAGACCAGAAAACUCGAAACCAGAAGCCUUGAAAUCUGAAGUUUCCAAACCUCAAAUGUCGAUCAAGAGAAAGCCUGUGCCACGACAUGACAAACCAGCUGUGCAGGAGGAAUCUUCACUUACUGAGCUGGACCCAAAGAUGUUACUCCUUGGAGGCUUGGCAGAGAAUGCACAAUGGUGGACUGGCGGACAGCAAGACUCCACGCCUAGAUCGCGGUCUCAACGCAAAGACGACGGUUCAACUUUUGUUAGUCCCCGAUCACCGCGUAUCGAUUGGGGUGAGGUGAUGGAAUGGUACUCCAUCAUUACAAAUGCAGCCAGGCCCUGGAAGGACUUGUACAAUGACUGUGUAAAUACAGGCAAAAUCAAGGAAAUGUCCACCCAGGAAGCCCAACGAUUCGAGGCGUGCCUGCUGGAAGCACAGGCGCAUCUUCAAAGAGUUUUGCUCAAAUGCACUGAGCUGCUUCUGAAGCGUCCCGGUCGGUUACUCGAGGAGCCUCAGGACGUAAGAUUCCUGCUUCUCAUCAUUGUCAAUCCACUUUUGAUCGCGGAUCAUAAGAGUUACAAAGGAGAGCAUCAGCAGGCACACAGGGAGAAGGGCCGUGAUGCCGCACCCGAGGAUCAAUUUGCGAUGGGCCGUCAUUCAGGAAUCAUCAAGCGGAUUUUCGGCUUGAUAUCCAACUGUCCCGAUCAAUCUCACCACCAGCUCGUAUCUUGGUUCUCGAGACUGCCUGAGCACCUAUUCCUGCAAAUCAAAGACCUCAUCAGCAAUUUCGUGAAUUAUCGUCUACGGCGACAAACAGACAAGAAGGUUGAACCACAAGUUGACUUGACAGGUGGCCUAGUUCCAGAGAUGAGGUCCAAUGCUCAGUCAGCAGCGACAGUGGCAUCACUUCACGCCGCGCUAGCAGCACCAGCUUCCUCUUCAAAAAAGCAGAAACAGGCACCCGAGGCACCCAACAUCACGUACUCGGAUGACUGGCAACUCAAAGCUGGUGCUAAGGUCAUGGCUUUGGUGUUUGCCGCCAACAACCUCACCCACGUAAGGCGGAAUGAAGUUAGCGUCAGACAUGCCCAUGGUCAUCUGCUUGCCACGAGCGAUUUCUACAAUACGAUGCUUGACUGCCUCGAUUUCAAAACUGACUUUGAGAUGUGGGAAUCGAGAAAGGGAAAGUUUGCUUUCUGUCAAUAUCCCUUCUUCCUCAGUAUCUCAGCCAAGAUACAAAUUCUGGAGUUUGAUGCCAAACGUCAGAUGCAUGGCAAAGCCCGAGAUGCUUUCUUUGACAGUCUUCUGACGCAUAAAAAUAACACCCAGUACUUGUUCAUGAGCGUUAGGCGCGAAUGUCUAGUGGAAGAUAGCUUGGCCAAAGUCAGUGAGGUUGUCGGGAGUGGCAGCGAAGACAUCAAGAAAGGACUGCGCAUUGAAUUUCGUGGCGAAGAGGGUGUAGAUGCUGGAGGACUGCGAAAGGAAUGGUUCCAGCUCCUGGUCAAAGAUGUCUUCAACCCUGACCAUGGACUCUUUGUUUUCGACGAAGACUCGCAGUACUGCUACUUUAAUCCCCACACCUUUGAGACUACUGAUCAGUAUUUCCUCGUGGGAGUCGUUCUAGGUCUUGCCAUUUACAACUCUGCAAUCCUAGAUGUCGCAUUCCCGCCCUUUGCGUUCCGGAAGCUCCUGUCUGCAGCACCUGCAUCUGCUUCAAGUGGCUCAAUAAUACAACGUUCGACAAUGACAUACACCCUCGAUGACUUGGCAGAGUUCCGACCUCGAUUGGCAAGCGGUCUACGCCAGUUGCUCGAAUUCGACGGUGAUGUGGAAAACACCUUUUGUCUCGACUUUGCGGUGGAGGUUGACAAAUAUGGCUCAAGAUCCCGGGUUCCUCUCUGUCUUGGCGGAGAUACAAAGCCAGUCACCAAUGCGAACCGACGGGAGUACGUGGAUCUCUAUGUCAAGUAUCUGCUCGACGAAUCGGUUAAGAGACAGUUCGAGCCAUUCAAGCGAGGUUUCUUUACCGUAUGUGCGGGCAAUGCCCUAUCAUUGUUCCGGCCAGAGGAAAUCGAGCUGCUCAUCCGGGGAUCUGAUGAGCCGCUGGAUAUUGCCUCGCUCCGUGCUGUGUGCAAAUAUUCGGACUGGGAUAACUCCAAGGAUGGAAAGGAGCCUACACAAGAGCCCGUGAUAGACUGGUUCUGGGAGUCCUUCGCGGCAGCAACUCCCCAAGACCAACGACGAUUAUUAUCUUUCAUUACUGGCAGCGAUCGCAUCCCGGCGAUGGGAGCAGCCACCCUUAUUAUCAAGAUCAGCUGUCUUGGCGAAGACACAGAGAGAUACCCCACGGCGCGCACUUGCUUUAACAUGUUGAAUCUUUUCAAGUACAAUUCUAAAGAGAAACUAGAAACAUUACUGUGGCGCGCAGUUCACGAAAGCGAAGGAUUCGGACUUCGAUAG